CACGCUCUCUCUCUCUCAGGUCUGAGCUCAUCCAGCAGUGUCCCCUCCCCCAGUGACCCGCCCUCUCCCUCCCCAAGCUCCGCCUACUCCAGUGGCUCUGUUCCUGACCCCAUGGACUCCGCCUCUUCCCCCUCCUCCCCAUUCUCAGCCCCGCCCCCAGCCGGUUCCACCGACUCGCUCUUCCUGAUGGACUGUGAGGCCUCGAGCCCCUCCCUGCCUCUUCACUCGGAGCUCGCCGACGAGCUGCUCAGCUACAGCGAGAACGCCGAGAACGAGGACUACCUGUCUGACGAGGUCCUACAGGUUGACAUGGCAACGCUGGCCGAGCAGAUCAUCGAGGCCACUCCUGAGCGAAUCAAACAGGAGGAGUUUAACCGGGAGGCGGAGUCACCGCUGCGAGAGAGGCGGGACAAUCCUGCCAUUCACGACACCAUGCCGUGGCUCGCCACAUACCUCGACACCAUCGACAG